UACUCUAAUAAUCAACCAAUAUGAACGUCCUAUCUCGCCCAAUCCUACGCUCCCUCGCUAUCCGAAAAGCCCCGCAACUCGCCUCCUCGCUCCGCCGCCCCAUCCCCCUCGUGCGUCCCUCUAUCCUGGGCGCCAAUCCUGCAGUGUUGCAAGUUCGUUGGGAGGCCAGCCGUGUGUCCAUGAGGCCCGGCAGCCAAAGCCUUGAACACGCAGCUACAAACGUCAGAGAAGAACUGGGAAACUCCGCUACGGACCUCGCGAAGGUCAUUGCAGGUGCGAACGUUGCCGGAGAUAGCGUCGUUGAUUCCAGUGCAGAGUCAUUCAUCGGAAUCACUGGGACGGUGGCUAAUCAGGUCCCUCAACAUAUCUUUCUUCUCGGAUUGGCGGGUGGUCUGCCGUACGUGUCUGCGUCCGCAACGACCGUCUAUCUUGCGUACCAAGCCCAAUUGGCGACGUCCGGCGUGGAUAUAGGCAUGGAUCCCGGCGUGGCGCUUACCAUUCUCGACCAGGCAUUGAACAUCCAGGUGACGUACGGCGCGAUUAUGUUGUCCUUCCUCGGCGCCUUGCAUUGGGGGAUGGAGAUUGCUGGGUAUGGCGGUAUGAAAGGCUACGCGAGGCUUGCAUUGGGGACUGCGCCGAUGUUGAUUGCGUGGCCGACGCUUGCCAUGCAGCCUAUGAUGGCGCUCAUGGUGCAGUGGCUUGGGUUCACGGGGUUGUGGUACGCUGAUUCGAAAGCGACUAUGGCUGGUUGGGCGCCCAGGUGGUAUUCGCAAUACAGGUUCUAUUUGUCCAUCCUCGUGGGGACCUGCAUUAUCGGCUCCCUUGCUGGGACGUCUUUCUGGGGACCUGUUGCGGGGCAUGGGUUGCUCUCGCACGAUCUUGAUUUGCUGAGAGAGCAGAGGAGGAAGAUGAUGCCCAUUAGGCAGGGAAUUGUCCAGGGACCGAUUGAAGCCGUUCCCGCUGGACUGGAGGCGGAAAAGUUUACGAGAAUUCACAAACGCGAUGUGUCAAAGGGCGAGUAAAGAAGAUUUAAAAAGUAGCAAUCGAAAGUUGUAAAUUA